AUGAACAAAUCCCAGAGUCUGGAGUGCAGGGGAACCUCAGAGACCGUCAGACCCCGGACACGACAAAGGUUAUACAAGGCACCGCCCACUCUAGAUGUCCCAGACAUAGACCAGGACGCAGCCGAGAGGAAGAGAGUCCUGAAUGUCUUGGCUCAACGCAGAUAUCGCGAGAGGAAGCGCCAGGAGCGCCUGAAAAGUAAAGCGCAAGAUGAGGCCUCCACGGGCAAAGAUACUGGAGAUGGAGCUCCCGAAACCCAGUCGGAAGACCUUUCGUCCCCAGGCGACGCUGAUGUGUCGCCCCUACCUGUACGCAGUAAUGCAACAGUAGCAACGCAACCACAACCUUCAGUCGGUGGGGAAACGGGAGUCGCCCUCGCAGAUCUGGAGCUGCUUCCUUGGGACUCAUUGGAUGGUCCCGAUGUGACGGCUCUUAUCGAGUCUUCAUCCGACUCUUUUAGCACUUUCACAGGCCAGAGCGUAUGCGGAGAAGCAGGUUUCUUAGACCAGUCAGGCUUUACGUGCAUGAAUGGCGCAUUCACGCCGACAUUCUCGUCUACUUUCGGAUCAUCACCGUCCUCCUUCGAGGCUCUAUCAAGCUCCUCGGAAUCCGACUUCGACUUCGUAGACAACUACCUGCUCCCAGUCCACGAGCUUACACUCAUGAGAGCCUUCAAGAGGAUCGCAGAACGUAUCGGGUGCGCGACCAGCGCCAUGUGGGAAUUGGACUGCCUAUCUCCGUUCAACCAGGGCACGGCCACUCCGUCAGAUCAGCUACCCGUCGCCUGGCGCCCAACCAUGGCACAAAUCGCCAUCCCCCACCACCCGAUGCUCGACUUCAUGCCCUGGCCGAGCGUGCGCGACAGGGUGCUCACCAUGUUCAACAUGCCAGAGUCGGCGCGGCCGCCUGGGGCGCGGGGCCCGCUGGCGCUGGUGAAUUUUGCCUACGACUUCGAGGACAACGCGGAAGGUGUGCGCGUGGGAUCUGAUCCGUACGACCCAGAGAGCUGGGAGGUAGGACAGGUGCUCUUUGAGCGAUGGUGGUUCCUGUUUGAUCGGGGCAUUAUUGAAACGAGCAACCGGUUGCGAAAACGUCGAGGUGCGCCGCAGCUACUACUAAAAGGGAGCUGA